AUGGCUCUAGGAAAUGGCCACACGUCACACCCAGACUUUGCCCACCUGGUCCUGCUAGUGUUUGAAGCAGUGCUGGAAGUGGUAUGCGUCAGUCUGCCGGGAUACAUCGUCGCCCGACGAGGCAUGUUCGAUGCCGAAGCCCAGAAAAUGGUCGCCAACCUGAACGUACAACUCUUCACGCCCUGUCUAGUCUUUACCAAACUCGCCUCGCAACUCAACGCCGACAAGCUCGUCGAUCUCGCCGUCAUUCCCGUCAUCUUCUGCGUCCAGACUCUCGUUUCAUGGAUCUGCGCUCGUCUCAUGUCCAAGGCCUUUGGUUUUGGUAAGAGACAGACCAACUUCGUCAUCGCCAUGGGUGUUUUCGGCAACUCAAACUCGCUGCCAAUCUCGCUCGUCAUUUCGCUAUCCAAGACUCUCAAAGGUCUGCACUGGGAUCGCGUUCCCCACGACAACGACAAUGAAGUCGCUGCACGUGGUAUUUUGUACCUGCUCAUCUUCCAACAGCUCGGUCAGUUGGUGCGCUGGACGUGGGGUUACAACGUUCUUCUCGCUCCUGCGGUCGAGGACACCAAGAUUGUUGAUGCAGCAAGGGACAAUUUGAUCGAAGAGGGUAGAUACCGCGAUGAUAUCGACGAGGAAGACUUGGAGCAGGCUGCCUCUUCCAUCAAGAAGAUUGGUAGCUCAUCUGGCGACGAGUCCCCUCGCACUGUUUCUUCCAUGGGCUCUUCGUCGUCUAACGAUGCUCUUGUGAGGCCCGUCAACGGCGAAGUCAUGGCUACACCUGCCAACGGAAACAUUGUCGGUAGCGGCCCUGGCAAUCUUGCUGGCAACCUUGGUCCUCGUCAACGCUCGACUGGCCACAUGACACAAUUCCCCAACUACUCGACCGCCUCGACCGAUCAGUCCGAAGCCUCUACCGGAGUCAAGGCUAGCAUCUCGCAAUUCUUCGCUCGCAUCAAUGCUUCGAUCAAGUCCUUCUUCAACAGAAUGUUCGCCAAGCUCCCUCCCGGCAUGCAAAAGUUCCUGAGCACCGUCUCUCACUACACUACUCGCUUCUUGAAGGGCGUUUGGGAGUUCAUGAACCCUCCUCUCUGGGCCAUGGUUGCUGCCUUGAUCGUCGCUUCGGUUCCCCGACUCCAGCACACCUUCUUCGCUCCCCACACCUUUGUCUCCAACUCUGUCACCCGUGCCAUUCAGCAGAGCGGUGGUGUCGCCGUCCCCUUGAUCCUAGUCGUCCUAGGUGCAAACCUCGCCCGCAACACUCUUCCUCAAGAAGAACUGGUCACAACUCCAGAGGGCAAGAAGGAAGAACGCAAUCUUCUUAUCGCCGCUCUCGUCAGCCGCAUGCUCCUGCCUACCCUGAUCAUGGCCCCUUUCCUCGCCAUCUUCGCCAAAUACGUGCCUGUCAGCAUCCUCGACGAUCCCAUCUUUGUCAUCGUCUGCUUCUUGCUUACUGGUGCUCCAUCUGCUCUCCAACUCGCACAAAUCUGCCAGCUUAACGGAGUCUUUAUGGGCGUCAUGUCCAAAUUGCUGGUGCAAAGUUAUGUUGUCUGGAUCUUGCCCAGCACGCUUAUCUUGGUCAUGCUUGCCCUCGAGGUUGUCGAGUGGGCUGCUUAG